UGUUUUCAGACAUAUUUGGUGAUGGCAUCUUCAGAGCAGCCAGCGCCCGCUCAGAAUCAUCCUGCAGCUCAUAUUGUUGGGAAUGCCUUUGUGGAGCAGUACUACCAUAUGCUGCAUGAAAGCCCUGAACUUGUGCACAAGUUUUACCAAGAUGUUAGUAAGCUGGGUCGCCCUGAAAAGGAUGGUAUAAUGGGCAUUACCACCACAAUGCAAGAUAUUAAUGAGAAAAUACUAUCGCUGGAUGAGUUCAUUGCAGAGAUCAUAUCCGUGGACGCACAAGAAUCUUAUGGUGGGGGAGUUCUUGUCCUUGUCACUGGGUUUAUGAUUGGAAAGGACUGCAAGAGGCAAAAAUUUUCACAAUGUUUCUUCCUUGCACCUCAAGAGAAAGGGUACUUUGUCUUGAAUGAUGUAUUCAGAUAUGUUAAUGACAAUGAAAACCAGCACUCCAUUGAUGACGUUGAAGCUCCUGCCACUCCUCCUGAUAAUGCAGAUCCUUCUUUGAAGAAGAUUCAUGUUUCUGAGCAAAUAGUACUAUCAGCUGAGGAUGUCAGUGGAGAGGAGGUAUACAAUCCUGAAAAUGGGCAAGCAUCAUUUGAAGAAGAAGAAGAAGCUCCUGUACCUGAGGUGGUUGAUGAAAUUCCUGAUGAUUCACUAGUGGUCGCUGGUUCUACUUCUAUUAUUGAAGAAGUGCCUAAGAAGUCAUAUGCCUCUAUUGUCAUGAAGGAGAGGGCUGCACCUGCACCAUCUCCUGUGGCAACUACUCCUGUGAGAUCUGCCCCUAAGAGCCUGGAGCAACAUGUGGCUGCUGCACCUCCAGCACCUAUUGUGUCUGAAAUGAAUGGUUCUAGCACAGCUGUUGUUGAACCGGGAAACAGUCAAGAAACUGAAGCUGAGGGUUAUUCUAUUUUUGUAAAAAGUCUGCCAUCACAUGCUACGCCUUCUCUUCUGGAGAGCGAGUUCAAGAAGUUUGGUCCUAUUAAGCGUGAUGGUAUCCAAGUUAGAACCCAAAGGGGAUUUUGCUUUGGCUUUGUGGAGUUUGAAGUGGCUAGUGCUGUGCAAGGUGCACUUGAGGCUUCACCAGUUGUUAUCAGUGGGCGCAAAGUCUUUGUUGAGGAAAAGAGAUCAACUAAUCGAGGGAAUAACAAGCCACGAUUCUCAUCCGGAAGGGGUGCAGGAUACAGAAAUGAGGGCGGAAGAGGACGGGGAAACCAUGGAAAUGGCCGAAAUUAUGGAAGAGGUGACUUCAAUCGGACUGAAUCUGGGUACAGGAAUGGCAAUCGGGGGUAUUCCAGCCGUGGAAAUAAUGGUUUUCAGAGAGUCGAUCACGUUGGAAACAAUGGUGGCCGUGUGAAUCGCACUGGUGGGCUGGCCAUUAAUUCAAUGGCAAAAGUUACAUCUGUUCCCGCCUCAGCUUGAGCAGUUUAUCUCUGAUGAAGGCAAGGAUUGAAAAGAUUAUUUCCAUUUUUAAGUACAGUAGUUCCAGUAGAAAGCAUUGGGGUAAAAAUUGAAUUCUUUUUGUGGAUGAGUUACCAGUCAGUCAGCUAGGUCCCUUUUUUUUUUCGUCCCCUUUCUUGAGAAUGGAUGAUUUUGGGGAUCUUUAAUUUUCCAAUUUCGGCUUAGUAUAGCAUACAACUUGCGUAGGAAGUUUUGUGCUUCCCUAGUUUUAUGAAUAUUUUGGGGGCAUUGUUGCAUUUUUAAAGGAAUAUCAAAUGAAUCUUUGGAGAUGAUUUAUGUAAAACGUAGUUGAUUUUUGAGCUGCCUUUCAGAUCCUUUUA